AUGACCCAGUUCUACGCCCCCGAAACCCCCGAUCGCGUCAAAAACGCCACCAAGGGCCUCCACCUCAUCACCGCUUUAACCCCCAACGGCCGCAAAGCCCACAUCUACCUCGAGGAGCUGAAAGAAACCUACGGCCUCCCCUUCACCAUCAGCCUCAUCGACCUCGACACGAACGAGCAGAAGAAACCAUGGUUUCUGCGCUUGAAUCCGAAUGGCCGCAUCCCCCUCCUAAUCGACAACACCACCACCCCGCACCCGCACGUCGUCAUGGAGUCCUCCGCUAUCCUGCUGUACCUGUUCCAUCAGGUCGACCAUUCCCAACAAUUUGGGUUCGCGGACCCGCUGCAGCAGAGUCAGCUGCUGCAGUGGCUGGUCUUCUGGGGUGCGUCGGGGCAGAUGGUUCAGGGGCAGUGGAAUUAUUUCCGGCGGAACCAGGUCGAGAAUGAUCACGCGAAGAAGCGUUUUCACGAUGAAUUACUCCGCGUGUAUCACGUCCUCGAAGCGCAUCUCGCGGGACGGUAUACGGAUCCCGGACUGGGAAGGGAGUACCUGGCGGACCAGGGGAAGGGGAAGUAUACGUUGGCGGAUAUCAAUGCUUGGCCGUGGGUGAGGAGCUUUAGGGCUGUUGGGCUGGAGGAGGAGGAGUUGGACAGGUUGCCUGCGCUUGCGGCGUGGGUGGAUAGGGUUGGCGGGCGGGCGGCGGUGCAGAGGGGCGCGUUUGGGGAGGCGUAUGAUGAGGGGUUGUCGCCUGAGUUGGUGAUUAGGACGUGAUCUACACUGUAGGUUAGUUAGGGGGUUGGGGGGAAGGGUGGUUAUCAUUCUUGCUUCUGGCAGCUGGAUGGUGGGUUGCGUGGCGGUGGUAACAGUAUACUGCCCUUAUCCAGCGAUAUGUAUGCAUGUUGAAGUUAUACAGGUUGU